CCUUGACCAGCAAGGCUAGAGCGAGACGACGCCUGCGCAGUGCCGGAUAUAAGGCGGGAUCUGUUUCGGAGCCGCCCACCAGGCCGGCGGCGCGAUGGCGGAGGAGGUGAGCAGCCUGAUGAAGGCUACGGUCUUGAUGCGGCAGCCCGGACGUGUGCAGGAAAUCGUGGGCGCCCUUCGCAGGGGCGGAGGAGACCGCCUGCAGGUGAUUUCUGAUUUUGAUAUGACCUUGAGCAGAUUUGCUUACAAUGGACAACGGUGCCCCUCAUCCCACAAUAUUCUGGAUAAUAGCAAAAUCAUCAGUGAGGAUUGUCGCAAAGAGCUCAUGGCGCUCUUUCACCACUAUUACCCCAUUGAGAUUGACCCACACCGGACCAUCAAAGAGAAGCUCCCUCACAUGGUGCAGUGGUGGACCAAAGCCCAUAAUCUGCUAUGCCAGCAGAAGAUUCAGAAAUCCCAGAUAGCACAGGUGGUUGGAGAGUCCACUGCGAUGCUCAGGGAGGGCUAUAAGACGUUCUUCGACACGCUCUACCAGAACAACAUUCCUCUUUUCAUCUUCUCGGCUGGCAUUGGUGAUAUCCUGGAAGAAAUUAUCCGCCAGAUGAAAGUGUUCCACCCCAACAUCCACAUUGUGUCCAACUACAUGGAUUUCAGUGAGGAUGGUUUCCUGCAAGGCUUCAAGGGCCAGCUUAUCCACACCUACAACAAGAACAGCUCCGUGUGUGAGAACUCCAGUUACUUCCAGCAGCUUCGGGACAAGACCAACAUCCUUCUGCUUGGCGACUCCAUAGGGGACCUCACUAUGGCUGACGGGGUCCCUGGGGUGCAGAACAUUCUCAAGAUUGGCUUCCUGAAUGACAAGGUGGAGGAGCGGCGGGAGCGUUACAUGGACUCCUAUGACAUUGUGUUAGAGAGGGACGAGACGCUGGACGUGGUCAACGGGCUGCUGCAGCACAUCCUGCGCCAGGGGGACUGCGUGGAGCUCCAGGGCUCCUAGGACGAAGGCUCGGGCCAGACCCUGCAGGCAGCGAUG